AUGUCCCUAAUACAACGUGUAACCUUGCAGAUACAGCACUGCAACUGUACUUUCAGGAGCUCAAAGUCAACCAUAGGUGCAUGGUACAACACAACAGCCUAUUUCAAAACACUUCUCAAAACCUCCUACUGCAUCCUUCUUUCUAAUAGUCCAAAGAUGCAAAAUAUGGGGGACCAAGAGCAAACAGGAAACAAUGGAAAAUUUCAGGAGUCUCCUAUUCUUGACCAACCUAAAGAAGCAAGCAGGAAUUGGGAAACAAAGAAAACUGUAAAACAUAAAAAGAUGUGGUCUAGCCAAAAGAGGCCUCGCUUCCAAGAUGAAGUAAAAAGGAAUAACGGACGUGCCAAAAAGGGCCGUGGCCAUGUGCAGCCUAUUCGCUGCACAAACUGUGCCCAAUGCAUGCCCAAGGACGAGGCUAUUAACAAGUUCAUCACCGGAAACAUAGUAGAGGCUGCACCUGAAGCAAGUGUCUUCAAUGCCUAUGUGCUCCCCAAGCUGUAUGUGAAGCUACGUUACUGUGAGAGUUGCACCACUCAUAGCACGGUAAUCAAGAACCCAUCUCAUGAAGCUUGCAAGGACCGAACACCCCCACCCCGAUUUAGACCUGAGGGUGCUGCCCCUCGCCCUUCGCCAAAGCCCAUGUAA